AUGAACGGUCGCUCACAAAGCCCUACCAACUCCCAGACCUCUUCGCGAUUAUCCAGACGGACUCAAAGAAAACUAGCUCGAAAUCACUCUCGGGAAAUGGCAUCUCUAUAUAGCGACGAACAAGCCGAUGCUAGCAAUGCUAGAAAAAUUCCCCGAGAACCGGUCUCUCGCAUAAUCGAGUUGAUGAAAUUCCUGUCAUCAUAUAAUAAUGAUGUUGGAGAAAUUGAACAUGCACUGUCUAGUCUCCAGGAGAAGGAUCAGAAAAUCCGAUCCCUUACUACGACUAUCCGCGAGCUAAAGCGUUCCAAUGAUGAAGAGUUUCAAGGCCUACAGGCAAAGGUUGAGGAAGCUUCGAGGAGUUGGACAGAAUUAGAGUACCAGAAGGCCCGUUUCAAGGAGGAUCAAGAGGGAUUGAAGAAGCAAAUAGAACAAGAAAAGGUGAAACAAUCAAAUUUCAUAAAACAACAGGAAAAGAAAUUUGAAAAGAGAUUCGAGGAAGAAAGAGACAAGCUUGUUGAAGAAAAUGCUUCAAGGUUUGAGAGAUUGAAGAGGGAAAACACGAAGCUCAAUGAGAAGAUAGGUACUCUGAAUGAUGAAAACGUCCAGAAUGAGAAGACCCUCAAAUUAUACGCCCAAGAUUCCAAGGUCCUAGAGUUGAAAUUGGACGAGCUGAAAUUGAGAUAUUCCAUCCAGAGCCUACCUAUCGAGCACUACGAAGAACGACUCUCAAGGGUACGUGAAAAAAUUCAAGCCAUAGCACAGCAUUUCUUAUCGAAUUUACCACCAGAUAACGAAUUGAAGAAUAUCGAGGAGACACAGAAGGAACUCCACCUCAUGAACAGCAUCCUGGGAACCAUUUCUAUAUCUGCAUCUGCGACAUCCAAGUUUCUUCGCAUUCGCGGUGCUCAAUGCACCAUAGUCCACGCAAUUCACAAACUUGUUUGGCAGCCGUUCUACGUCACUACUAAUCCUCUUUCACCCGAGACUACGGCUGUGUUAUCUCAAAUUACUCAGGCACUUGCCGGAGAAGACCGUCAUAAAGAAAGCUUAUGGCGCUUCCUCACUUUCAAAGGCCUCGAAACACAAACUUCUCCACAGGAUAUACACGUGGAAGAAACAGGGAUUAUGAAAAUUCUUCGACGGCUCAUCCCUGCCAAAGAACAUGAGACCUUUGAGGUCGAGCUACGAGAUGUUCUUCUGGAGUCUAUUAGCUUCUGGAACGAAUUGAAAAGGGAUAGCUGCCUGGUGGAAUUUGACCUUCAGCCACCCGCAGUCUGCAGUCCGGGUUGGGUAGCAGAAGACUGCCCAGAGCUUGAAAACAUCGGUGUGAAUGCUAAGUUGGAGUCUACAUAUGAACCCCAAAUACAGCAGUCUUGGUGCCUAUUUCCAAAAGUUGUAUUCCACCCGGUUGAUGCAAAGAAGAAAACCAUUCCAGGGUAUGCUAUCUUCAUGGACUCCCGGGCCUUUCACGAAAGCUGUGAUGAAAUACGACGUCACGAAGAGGAAAUUGCACAGCGGGGCUGGAUGAAAAGAAAAUUCCCCACCUCUCACAAUUCUUCCUCAUCGUCCUCUUUCAGCGAUGCCAUGAAUCCUUUCAUCGGCGCAUUUCAGCUAACUGACGGUGACGAUAAUGGCUGCCAAUUAACGCCCAGCUGCAAAGCGUUCAAGAUCCCGAGCAAAGUAAACCAAGAAGCGCUCGAGGCGAAUUUAUCAGAACUACCGAAGGAUCUGAAAGAUCAGGUCCUGAUUUUUAAAUAUCAAGGCAAGAUUCAUGCUAUUGAUCAUCAAUGCCCGCAUUCUUCAUUCCCGCUUUCGCAGGGGAACCUGUUUGAUAUUGAGGAUUUCGGUAUCAAGCUGAGCACUGGGAUUACGUGUCCCAAACAUGGAUGGUCGUUUGAUAUUACUUCUGGCCAAGCGGAUCGUGGCAAUUAUAAGUUGAAGGUUUGGGAAGUGCAACUGCGUGAUCAACCGGAUUCUGCUGCCGAUAAGGAGAUUUGGGUGCGGCGGAAGCAGAGGAUAGGUUGA